AUGUCUUGCUACGUUACACCUAUCAAAGUUCUGGUCGCUGGCUGCUCAUAUGGCGGUAUUGCGGCUGUCGUCAAUCUCCUGGAUCUAUGUGCUGCAAGGCCGGCGAGAGGAGCGCCGGAUAAGGUGCCGCACGAGGUUGCGUCGAGGGGUGUGCCGGUUGAGAUUCAUGUUGUUGAUGAGAGGGAUGGAUACUUACAUCUGAUCGGCUGCCCGCUGGCCUUCGCUUCGAAUGAACAUGCCCCAAAGAUGUGGGUGAAGUUCGGAGACAUUCCUGCACUGCAGGAUUCGCGGGUACGGUGGACUCAAGGAAGCCUGAUGAAAGUUGACCCCGAAACAAAAGUGGCGAAUGUCAAGAUUGCAAAGUCCGGAGAGGUGUUUGAAGAGUCGUACGACUUCUUCCUCGCCGCAACCGGGCUGCAGAGGAACUACCCGGUUGUGCCCCAGAAGCUGUCGAGAGAUCAGUACCUCCUGGAGACCGCGGAUCAUGUCGACUCGAUCAAAGCCGCCGAUACUGGCAUCGUAGUCAUCGGUGGAGGUGCUGUUGGCAUCGAGAUGGCAGCAGAGCUGAAAGUCGCUGAGCCAUCGACGAAAGUGACCCUAAUCCAAUCGCGAGACAAACUCCUCUCCGCCGAGCCUCUCCCAGAUGCAUUCCGCGAAGUCGCCCUCUCGGCUCUCACGGACAUCGACGUCGAAGUCAUCCUUGGCCGUGGCCGCGUCAUCGCCACGGAAACAAUCCCAGCAGAGAACGGCAAGACAAUGCAACGACUCACCUUCCCAGACGGCUCCCACAUCGACGCAGCACAUGUCAUCAACGCCGUCUCCACCCAGAUCCCUACAACAUCCUAUCUCCCACCAUCAACAUUAAACGACGAAGGUCUCGUCAUAAUCAACAACCUCCUCCGCUUCGGUGACUCUCCUCGCCAUUACGCCGUCGGCGACAUAGCAGCAUGGUCCGGCAUAAAGCGCUGCGGCGCAGCAAUCCACAUGGGUUAUCUCGCAGCCGAAGGGAUGCAUCAGCAGAUGAUGCACGAACUGCAUGCUAUUGAGCCGAACUUCACGAUAUGGCCGGAAGUGGUGCCCAUGAUCGCAUUGGCAAUCGGGAAGAAGGCUGCGACGUAUUCACCAGACGGCGGUGUGGCAUGUAGUGAGGAGCUGAUGAGGUUGUUCUUCUCUGAUGAUCUGGGUUUCAGUGGGUGUUGGAACCAUAUGAAGCUGUCGGAGCCACCGGCUAGCGAGGCAGUAGGGAAGUACAGUGUUUUGCCGCAGUCUGCGCCGUAUAGAGAGAUGCGAGGGUCGAAUGCGAUAGCGGCGUAG